GAAGAGAACUGAGGACUGAGGACUGAGGAGUGAGGACCGUCAAGUGCAGAUCAUCUUCCGAUCCACUGACUUCCUUCUUGCCUUCUCUCUCUGUUCUCUCUCUCCUCUCUCUUUACAUCUACCAGCCUCCCUCAUGGAAUCUCAAUCUAGUGAAAGAGUGAGUUCAGUGACAGAGGAAGUCUAACAAGAACCUUCGUAGUGGUGUUAGUUGUGUGUCUUCGUUCUCGGAUUGUGAUUCCCCAGGGCCCUCCCUUGAGCCGUGUCGCGAUGAGAGCAUGGCCAUUGAUGUCUUGUUUGCCGUGCGAGGACUUUUGGCCUUCGUAGCCUUCACGGAGUGGACCAAUGCCCUGCGUUGUGUGUUCUUCGAGCCCGCUUACCCGUUGGACAAGCUCUUCACCGGUCUCGAGGCCCCUCAGCCCGCCAAUCCCGACCUGAUUCGGGUCCUGGCCCAUUUGUACGCCCUCUUCAGUCUACUCAACGGCUUGAUCUUAGCCCAUUUGGCCGUAUACGCCCACUACCGCCCCCUGGUCAGCCUGGCCUUGAGCUCGGUGGUGGUCAAACUGGUCUGGUUAUUGGCCCACAUUGGGAUUUGGCCCACCAUUCGGCCUUCGCCCGAGUUGCUGUUUCCCGUGGUGUCCUGCGGGGUCACGCUUACGGGCGUGAUUCUCGUGCCCUGGGCUACGGGCGACACGCCCCUGUGGGUGGCCGGCGACGAUGAGAACCGCGAGCUAUUGCGGACAAUGAACUUGCCCAAGAAUCGCUCCCACCGACGGUAG